UUGUUCUAUUUUAUAAUUUCGUUGAGCACAAAUAACAGGGUGAAAGUUUGGCGGGAAGAUGUGAUAGUUGGAUACCAUCAUCAUACCAGUUUUGUUAUCUCUGUGAUGAUUGAUUUGAAAGGGGAGACUGCUUGAAAACGGUGUCGUUUUACUGUAGAGAAUAUAAAUAUACUCACCUCUCUAGCUCACUCUUGUUCUCUCUUUCUCUUGUGAUUCACCAUGGAAGACCUUCAGUUGCAAAAAAUAGCAAUAUCAGGUCCGACACUUGCGUCCAUGAUCCAGCGGUUCUCCUCUUCCCCUGGCGACGUGGACGGCUUCGUCUUUGGCCACGUCACGCAAAUCAUCACGCUCUCCGACGACACCUCCGCCUCCCAACUCACUGCUACUAUCACCAGCUUCCUCUGCUCCGGCUCACCUCUAUCCUUCUACGAUGCACUCGGCGGAGUCAACUCACCCAAAGUCUCCGCUCAUAACCAACACAACCACCUCCUUGGCUGGUUCUCCGGCCGCCGCCAAUCCGCUCUCCGUCCAUCCAUGAGAGAAUUCUCCGUCACAAAUUCUCUCUCAAAAAUCCCCCAAUAUAAAUUUUCAAUCAAAAACUCUUCAGAAACCCUAAUUCCAUGCGUUUUCAUUCUCUUCACCACUCCCUUAACGGACCAACUAAUCCACACGCACCAGUACCGCGCGUACCAAUUCAACACUUCAAACAAAUCCUUUCAUGCCAAGUCACUCGACGUGGUUAACAUCGGUCCGGCAUUUCGAGGACAUUACGAUAAUUUCGCCCCGAACUGUGCGCUGCCGUUGAUGAAUUGCUCGGCGAUGGAUGAGGAAAGCUUGAACGCGAAGAAGGAAAAGGAAAAUGAUCAAAAACAAUUGGAUUUGUGUACGGAAGGGUUUCGAAUUGAGGAGUUGAAACGGCUAUUGGGACCCGAGGCGGCGAAUUACACAGAAGCUUUGCAGGAUUUGUAUGAGAAAAUGUUGGCUAAAGCUAACAUGUUAGCUCAGCUCGUUGAGUCCAGCUCGGCUAAGGUUUUCGAGCUGGAAAACAACAAUAGAAAGUUGAGGUACAAGGUUUCCAGGUCUGCUGCAGUGGAGUAAUUGCUUGUUUGUAUCGUCUUUUUGCUUGUUCAUUAUCAGGUUGCAGAUUGGUGGUAUGUUAUAUAGAUGUAGUUCUCAGAAAUUUACUCACCUCAUAUGAAUCCUUCCGGCCACAAUAGAGGGUAAAUUUUCAGAUACAGUGAUGUGAUUCUGAUAUGAGAAAGGCAUUGUUGCUGCUGAGUGGUUACCCAACUGGAGUUGAUACUCGAAGCACUUGCGUGGGGUUUGGCCAGAUGGAAUUCAACUGUCUCAACAUCUUUAGAAGGCAGUAGAAAUGUCAAUAAAUCAGCAAGAUUCACUGCUCCAUCUCAGACCAAACCAAUUUCCAUGGUCCACUUUUUGUUCUCAACCUGCAAUACAUUAUGAUCAACAGAAAAGCUACAUGUGACAUGAUUUACCAUUACCCUUAUUAACGGUUCAGUUAACAUAUAUGAUAUUAGUAGUAUCUUGA